AUGAAAUUAUUUAGAGGGCUAUCAUACAAAUCUUGUAGUUCUUUUGGGCUAAGCGAAACACAUGGAUUUACAAUUGGUCAAGAACCUCCAGGCAUUCCCUCUCUUCAAAACCUUUACCCCCACUACGAAUUAGUUCAAUCUCUUCAAAAUUCUCCGCAAAAUAUCCUUCAACAGAUCGCAUCCCUUCCUACAGUUGACCCAACCCCUUUAUACCAAGAAACUCUUCAGCUCGAGCUUGCAGCCUUAUUAUAUGGUAUGAUUGUUUCUUCUUAUUACUGAAAUACAGAAACCCCUUCAACCAAAAUUCCAGCAAAUAUUUCAAUCCCCUUUUUACAAAUUUCCCAAAAAUUAAGACGUCCACCUAUAUUAACUGCAGCAUCUUUGCAUUAUCACAAUUGGAAAUUUAUAGAAAAUAGUGGAAAUUUUCACGUCAAUAAUUUUCAGGCAUUAUUUACGUUUUCAGGCACUAAAGAUGAAGAAAAUUUUUAUUUGACUCCUAUGUAUAUUGAUAAUUAAAUAUGGCGUCUUGACCUGAGCAUGGCCACAUAGCCACAAUAAUGCUAGGUAAGAAAUUCCAGUAGUUCGUGGAGUAUAGUCCUGGCCCGCUUUCAGGUUUUGAUUUUUACUCCAAGAAAGGAGGGAUCGGAGUUGGAAAAGGGAAGCCCAUCAAGGCUGCAGGCAAUGUCCAGAUCAAUUGGGUAAACUCCUAGCUUGAGAUCAGGAGUUACGCCCCUCCGGGCUUCUAAUUUUUCUCCUUUGCCGAGAGUCAACUGAAAUUCCAUUUUUAGGGAUUUCUGUUUGGACAGCUUUCCUUUACUCAAGAAGUCCAUAGUCCACCUACUCAACACUGGAGCAGGUGCAGGAGAAAGAGUGAGGACUUCGGAUGUCCCAUGACAUCAGUGGUCGAUGAAGGAGGUGUUACCAAUAGAUGGAAGCCAACCUAUAAUUAAGUUUAGUUUAAAGACCCCAAUGUAUAUUGAGUAUCUUGGAACUCCACUUAUAGAUGCAUGCUAUAAGCUUUAUUCAGGGCUAGAAAAUAGCAAUAAAUUUCAGGUUAUUGAAGCUUUAGAUGCAUUUAAGGACACAAUAGAAAUAAUGACAAAAACAUUUAAGCUAUGCUAUGUUAAAUUAAAUAAUUUUUAUUAUAAAAUAAUAAAAUAUAAGUUCCUUUUAUCAAAAAAAAGAGUAAUUUAUCAAAAGGUUGACCCAAAAAUAUUUUAUUUUGGAUUUCGGAAAAAGUUGAAAUCAUUUGAAACAGGAGUCAUUUUUGAAGGGGUUAGUGAGAAUUCAGAAAUUUAUGCAGGGGCUUCAGCUGCUCAAAUUCCUAUAGUGAAAUAUAUAGAUGAAGUAUUUAAUUUAAAUAAAAAUGAUGAAUUUAUUCAGAAAAUGUGAAAUUAUAUGAAAACUGAGCAUAGGAAUUUUAUAAGCUAUAUUGGAACGAUAAGGCCUAGGGAUAUGAAAGAAAAAAUAAUAGAGCUUGGAGCAGUAGAAGAAUGGAAUAAUGCAAUAGAAAAAAUAUGUAAACUUAGAGAGGCUCAUUUAAAGCUUGCUUAUCAUUAUGUUUUAGCACCUGGGCAAGGGAAAGAUCAAAAAGGAACGGGAGGGUCUUCAAUUGAACAAUUUUUGUCAUCUUUAAUUGCAUCAACAAAGUUAGGAUUAAUUUAA